AUGAAUUUUAUACAUGCCAUUUUCAAUCACAUUCUUGAACAGGAUCAAAAGUUGGUCCGCGAUCUAAUCUUUAGACAACUCGGUCGUGCUCCCACAGUGCAAGAAUUCGCCCAGUUCCUUUUGAACUUCGAAGGUAAUGAGCUGGUUGAGUCCCCUCGCAAGACUCUAGGACAGACAUUUUUCGAAAAUCAGGAGCUAAGAGUCACCUUAGAACGUCAACAAAGGGAUAUGGGAUGGUUGAGAGAAAUACACAGCUCCUUGGCCAACAUAACACAGCUUUUAGGAGAUUCAAACACUCGGGCUAUGAGAAGAGUAAAUGAGCUGGAGACACGAUAUAGAGACUUACGGAAUAUUUCAGAUGAAGUUCAGCAACAGAAUGAUAGGCUGCAGCUUGAUCAUAAUUCAAUGCAGAGAGAACUUACCAAAUGUCAUUUUGAGCUGGAAGAUGAAAGAAAGGAUAAGCAAAUGUACCAACUUAGAUGGAAAGAGUUAAAGACGGCCAAAGAACAGUUACUGACAGACAGUCAACAGUUACUGACAGACAAACAACAGUUACUGACAGAAAAUCAACAGUUACUGACAGACAAUCAACAGUUACUCUCAGACAAUCAACAGUUACUGACAGAAAAUCUACAGUUACUGACAGACAAACAACUGUUUCUGAAAGACAAACAACAGUUACUGAAAGACAAACAGCAGUUACUGACAGACAAUUAA